AUGGCUGCUAAAAUUCUUGUUAUCGCUUGGGCGGCCUGGCUCGCGUUGCCAUUGGCAACGAGCCAUCUAAAUGUUCUCAUCAGCCAAGCCGAAGUAAUGAAGUUGUUAGGUCUAGACGCCGAACUCUACUACGUGAGAGAAGGCGUAGUAAAUAAAUACGCGACCGGCUUCACAGUGCCCGUACCAGCACACAUUGCAGACUUGGAGUUCAUGUGGCAAGCACUAGGCGGGAGGCCGCUGCCGUACGUGAUGGGUGUAGACUACGAGUCCCGGGGCGCCAUGCUGCCGCCGCAAGUCAAUAUAUCUGAACGGGGGUUUGUGCCUACCACCCUGCAGACUUUUAGGGUCCGUUUGCCGUGCACCGGUACCAGGAGCGCAGAGAUCCUAGUGACUAUGCAGCUCAACAUAUCGGCACCCGAUCGAGCGCAUAAAGAUGUGCGGUUGAUAUUCAAAAGGAACAAGAUUUGUUUGAAAGGUCUAUCAACAGUAGUAACACACAAUGAGACGGCUCGGCUGGCUGGUGACGCAUCACAAACUUCUAGUGGCGUAUUAUUUGCUGCCGGUGGCUGUGCAGCGGCUGCGUUAGCGUUGCUGACUGCUGCAGCAGCUGCGGGCACUCUGUACAAGAGAGGCAGUAAAGCGAGGCACCAUGAUUCUAUACAUACAUCAUACACAACAGCUGCGUACGGGAGCCAUCAGAAUGUACUUCUAAGGCUCGAUACACUUGGCAGGCCACCGAGCUCCACAGGAUCUUAUGCCACCAUCGCCAGCUUACACAAAUUUCCUUUUGGCAGUCGUCGGUCACCGUCUCCAUAUGCGACUACACACAUAGGAGAGCAUGUGUACGCAAAGCCGGAGUCAAGAGUAUCAUAUUAUGCUGCAUCUAAUCUCACACAUGUCUCACAACAAACAAUAACCAAAGACCGUAUCACGGAUCCUGCCGAACAGCUCCGACUCCUCACGACUCCUCGCUCCAACAUUCGGCUAGAGAUCCUCGUCCACGAAGGCACCUUCGGCAGGGUCUACAAAGGAGUUUUUAAGAGAGGAGACACUUAUGAAGAAGUCGUUGUCAAGACUGUUACCGAUGCGGCAUCAGCAAUGCAAGCAGCGUUACUAGUGGCUGAAGGCUUACGUCUAUACAGUCUAGUUCAUACAAAUGUGCUAACACCAAUGGCCGCCUGUGCUGAGGAAGCGAGGAAGCCACUUCUAGUUUAUUGCUGUCCUUCACAUUCUUCAAAUCUUAAAAGGUUCCUAACAUCAUGUCGGCUAGGCCACCAGGCGGCCCCGGCUACAAGAGAGUUAGUGGACUUAGGAGCUCAAGUGGCCUGUGGCCUGGCAUACUUGCACGUUCAGCGAUUAGUACACGCUGACAUUGCCGCCAGGAAUUGUGUGGUGGACGAGAAAUUAAGGCUGAAGGUGACUGAUAAUGGUCUAUCAAGGGAUCUGUUUCCUGAUGACUACCAUUGUUUGGGACAAUGAGAACCGCCCCGUCAAAUGGAUGGCUCCUGAGACACUGCUACAAAAUCAGUACACUACAGCUUCCGAUGUGUGGUCAUUAGGAAUAACUUUAUGGGAGCUGGCAACUCUUGGCGCGUCGCCAUUGGCUGAGCUUGAUGCAGCUGACGUAGGAGCGUUCUUGAGUGGAGGAUACCGACCUUCGCAGCCGCACAACUGUCCUGAUGAAUUGUACGGCUUAAUGUCUUGGUGUUGGACCUUAGCUCCUAGCCAGACCAACAGCUCCUCAGCUCCUAGCAGCUCUUCACGACUUCAGGCAAGCUCUUAGCACUUAUAUCUAG